UUUGCGGCCAGUCGUGCGGGUCGGGCGCGGGCUGGCGGGCGCGGCGGCAGUGGCGCGCACAGGUGAUUGACUGGCCAGCUGGCUGAGGGAUCGCCUGGUCCCCAUUGCUGGCAGGUGGCGGAGCCCAUUUGGGCGGCGGCAGCGGCAGCAGCAACAGCAGCGACGGCUCGGCUCGGGAGGCGCUCUUCGGGCCAAGGCCAUGGCCCCGCGGCUGCAGCUGGAGAAGGCGGCCUGGCGCUGGGCGGAGACGGUGCGGCCCGAGGAGGUGUCGCAGGAGCAUAUCGAGACCGCCUACCGCAUCUGGCUGGAGCCCUGCAUCCGCGGCGUGUGCAGACGAAACUGCAAAGGAAAUCCAAAUUGCUUGGUUGGGAUUGGUGAACAUAUUUGGUUAGGAGAAAUAGAUGAAAAUAGUUUCCAUAACAUUGAUGAUCCCAACUGUGAGAGGAGAAAAAAGAACUCAUUUGUGGGCCUCACUAACCUUGGAGCGACUUGUUACGUCAACACGUUUCUUCAAGUGUGGUUUCUCAACUUGGAGCUUCGGCAGGCCCUAUACUUAUGUCCAAGCACCUGUAACGAUUAUGUGAUGGGAGAUAGGAUCCAAGAGGAGAAAGAUUAUGAACCUCAAACAAUUUGUGAGCAUCUCCAGUACUUGUUUGCCUUGUUGCAAAACAGUAAUAGGCGAUACAUUGAUCCAUCGGGAUUUGUUAAAGCCUUGGGCUUGGACACAGGACAACAGCAGGAUGCCCAAGAAUUUUCAAAGCUAUUUAUGUCUCUUUUGGAAGAUACUUUGUCUAAACAAAAGAAUCCAGAUGUGCGGAACAUUGUCCAACAGCAGUUCUGUGGAGAAUAUGCUUAUGUAACUGUUUGCAACCAGUGUGGCAGAGAGUCUAAGCUUUUAUCAAAGUUUUAUGAACUGGAGUUAAAUAUCCAAGGCCAUAAACAGUUAACAGACUGUAUCUCGGAAUUUUUAAAGGAAGAAAAAUUAGAAGGAGACAAUCGAUACUUUUGUGAAAACUGUCAAAGUAAACAGAAUGCAACAAGGAAGAUCAGACUCCUCAGCCUUCCCUGCACCCUGAACUUACAGCUGAUGCGCUUUGUCUUUGACAGGCAAACUGGACAUAAGAAAAAGCUGAAUACCUACAUUGGUUUCUCAGAAAUUUUGGAUAUGGAGCCUUAUGUGGAACAUAAAGGUGGGUCCUAUGUGUAUGAACUGAGUGCAGUCCUUAUACACAGAGGAGUGAGUGCUUAUUCUGGCCACUACAUUGCCCAUGUGAAAGAUCCACAGUCCGGUGAAUGGUAUAAAUUUAAUGACGAAGACAUAGAAAAGAUGGAGGGGAAGAAAUUACAACUAGGGAUUGAGGAAGAUCUAGCAGAACCUUCUAAGUCCCAGACACGUAAACCCAAGUGUGGCAAAGGAACUCACUGCUCUCGAAAUGCGUACAUGUUGGUGUAUAGACUACAAACUCAAGAGAAACCCAACACAAUUGUUCAGGUACCAGCCUUUCUUCAAGAGCUGGUAGAUCGGGAUAAUUCCAAGUUUGAGGAGUGGUGUAUUGAAAUGGCUGAGAUGCGUAAGCAAAGUGUGGAUAAAGGAAAAGCAAAACACGAAGAGGUUAAGGAGCUGUACCAAAGGUUACCUGCUGGAGCUGAGCCCUAUGAAUUUGUCUCUCUCGAGUGGCUACAGAAAUGGUUGGAUGAAUCGACACCCACCAAGCCUAUCGAUAAUCACGCUUGCCUGUGUUCCCAUGACAAGCUUCAUCCUGAUAAGAUAUCAAUUAUGAAAAGAAUAUCUGAAUAUGCGGCUGACAUCUUCUAUAGUAGAUAUGGAGGAGGACCAAGACUAACUGUGAAAGCCCUGUGUAAGGAGUGUGUGGUAGAACGCUGUCGUGUGUUACGUCUGAAGAAUCAACUAAAUGAAGAUUAUAAAACUGUUAAUAAUCUGCUCAAAGCAACAGUGAAGGGCAGCGACGGAUUUUGGGUGGGGAAGUCUUCCUUGCGCAGCUGGCGCCAGCUGGCUCUCGAACAGUUAGAUGAGCAAGAUGGGGACGUUGACCAAAGCAACGGGAAGAUGAACGGCAACACCUUAAAUAAAGAUGAAUCAAAAGAAGAAAGGAAAGAAGAGGAGGAGGAAUUAAAUUUUAAUGAAGACAUUCUGUGCCCACAUGGGGAGCUAUGCAUAUCUGAAAAUGAAAGACGGCUUGUUUCUAAAGAGGCUUGGAGCAAACUGCAGCAGUACUUUCCGAAGGCUCCUGAGUUUCCAAGUUACAGAGAAUGCUGCUCACAGUGCAAGAUUUUAGAAAGGGAAGGGGAAGAAAAUGAAGCCUUACAUAAGAUGAUUGCAAAUGAGCAAAAGACUUCUCUUCCGAAUUUGUUCCAGGACAAGAACAGACCAUGUCUCAGCAACUGGCCAGAGGGUACAGAGGUCCUGUACAUCGUGUCACAGUUCUUUGUAGAGGAAUGGCGGAAAUUUGUCAGAAAACCCACAAGAUGUAGUCCCGUGUCUUCAGUUGGAAACAGUGCUCUUCUGUGCCCCCACGGGGGACUCAUGUUUACAUUUGCUUCCAUGACCAAAGAAGAUUCUAAACUUAUAGCUCUCAUAUGGCCCAGCGAGUGGCAGAUGAUUCAAAAGCUCUUUGUCGUGGAUCAUGUAAUUAAAAUCACAAGAACGGAAGUGGGAGAUGUCAGCCCUUCAGAAACACAGUAUAUUUCUGAGCCAAAACUCUGUCCAGAAUGCAGAGAGGGCUUACUGUGUCAACAGCAGCGGGACCUGCGUGAGUACACUCAAGCCACCAUCUACGUCCACAAAGUUGUGGAUAAUAAAAAGGUGAUGAAGGAUUCAGUUCCAGAGCUGAAUGUGAGUAGUUCUGAAACAGAGGAGGAUAAGGAAGAAGCUAAACCAGAUGGAGAAAAAGAUCCUGAUUUUAAUCAAAGCAAUGGAGGAACCAAGCGGCAAAAGAUAACCCAUCAGAACUACGUAGCCUAUCAAAAGCAAGUCAUUCGGCGCAGUAUGCGACAUAGAAAAGUUCGCGGUGAGAAAGCACUUCUUGUUUCUGCUAAUCAAACGUUAAAAGAAUUGAAAAUUCAGAUCAUGCACGCGUUUUCAGUUGCUCCUUUCGACCAGAAUCUGUCAAUUGAUGGAAAGAUUUUAAGUGAUGACUGUGCCACCCUCGGCACCCUUGGCGUCAUUCCCGAAUCUGUGAUUCUGUUAAAGGCUGAUGAACCGAUUGCAGAUUAUGCUGCAAUGGACGAUGUCAUGCAAGUAUGUAUGCCAGAAGAAGGGUUUAAAGGUACUGGUCUACUUGGACAUUAAUCUUUUGAAUACUUGCUGACUUCUAAGAAAUGACCAGAAGGGAAGAGAGGCGUUUGACAUAUGUUAGGGCAUUAACGAAAAGAUGGAUUUAAGAAUUAAAACCAUUCUAUGACUCUUCCACAAGGCAGAAAACUAUUCCGAAGUGACUGUCCCAAAUGCCUUAUGUCAAAUAAAGCAGAUUGCACUGAUGGACAUCAGACUUGAAGGAAAUGUUUCAAAUUUUAUAUUUAAGGGAGGGUGGCGGGCGGGCGGGGGCAAGUAAAGCUGGAGCCGGUUUAGUGGCAGUAACAGUAAAUCAUGUUUACAUAUGAGAUUUAUAGUCACGGGAGGGAAUAAAGUUCUGUUAUAUUUCCUUGCUCGCGUUUCAUACCAGAUGCAUUGGUCCAUAAAGGAUUUUAUCACAGUAGAUGGGACAACAUUCUGCUCUAAACUAAAAAGUAAUUCUUUAGAGACAUAACCUGCUUACCAAUACCUGUCUUUGAUUCAUAUUUUACUUUCAAUAAAGCAUGAAAGUGAAGAAACUUGC